AUGAGCAAGGCGAAUAAGUCGCCGUCGCCGGCGGUGGCCGAGGAAGGCGACUACUCGGCGUUGCGGGAGCUAUUCCGGCCGCACGUGGAAUCCUUUGAUUACUUCCUCGAUAAGGGGCUCGACGAGAUGAUUGAAUCCAUCCGCCCCAUGGGUCAUGUGCUCUCGCCGAUGAGGGAUGCCCGGUCGGGUGUACUACCCCUCUACCCCCAGGAGUGCAGGCAAGCAAGAAUUACAUAUCACGGGGAAUUUAAAGUUGAUGUCUGCUUCCAGUAUAAUGAAGGGGCACAAAUCAGGCAUACCUUCAAUUUUGGCCAUUUGCCUAUUAUGUUGAUGUCAAAACUGUGUCAUCUGAGAGGUGCUGAUCCCCAUAAAUUAGUUUUCCAUGGUGAAGAGGCAACCGAAAUGGGUGGGUACUUCAUAUGCGGCGGGAUGGAGAGACUUGUGCGUAUUCUUAUUUUACAAAAGCGUAACUAUCCUAUGGGAUUGGUACGCAGUUCUUUUCUUAAACGUGGUGCUGGAUACACUGACAAAGCAGUGGUCAUAAGAUGUGUCCAACGUGACCAGUCCAGUGUGACAAUAAAGUUGUAUUACCUCCAAAAUGGAAGUGCAAGGCUUGGGUUUUGGUUGGGUGGCAGAGAGUUUCUGCUUCCUGUUGGGAUUGUUCUCAAGGCCCUUAUUGAUGCAAGUGACCGGGAAAUCUUUACAAGCUUGACUUGCUGCUACAGUGAUAAACAUGGAAGAGGAAAGGGAGUUGUCAGUACUGAACUAAUUGGUGAAAGGGCACAAAUAGUUCUUGAUGAAGUCAGAAAUCUGUCCCUUUUCACUCGCACACAGUGUUUAGUGCAUAUUGGGCAAUACUUCCGAUCUGUGAUGGAAGGAUUUGAAAAAGAUGACUAUGAAACUGUUGCUGAAGCGGUUCUAAAGGACUAUAUUUUUGUGCACUUGGAAAACAACCAUGAUAAAUUUAAUCUAUUGAUAUUUAUGUUGCAGAAACUUUAUGCUCUGGUAGAUCAAACUGCUUCACCUGACAAUGCUGACGCACUACAAUACCAGGAGGCUCUAUUGCCUGGCCACUUAAUCACAGUUUUUCUGAAGGAUAGGCUUCAGGAUUGGCUAAGAAAGUCUAAGCGUUUAAUCAUUGAAGAGGCUGCAAAGAACAAAGGUUUUGACCUCGGUAAUGCACUGGAGAUAAGGAAAUUUCUAACUAAAUAUACAACAUCUGUUGGUAGAGCUAUCGAGAGUAUGAUAAAGGUUGGGAAAGUGAAUUCACAAUCAGGAUUGGAUCUUCCACAGAGAGAUGGAAUGACCAUUCAUGCUGAACGGCUCAACUUUCAUCGUUAUAUCUCACACUUCCGUUCUGUUCAUAGGGGCUCUGCUUUUGCUAAAAUGCGUACAACAUCUGUUAGAAAGUUACUCCCAGAAUCAUGGGGUUUCCUGUGUCCAGUUCAUACACCUGAUGGAGAGCCCUGUGGUUUACUGAAUCAUAUGACUUCUACAUGCUGUAUUUCAUCCUUCUACAACUCAGAAGGGGUGGUUAAAAUUUUUGGGGAAAUGAAGAAGUUGCUUUCUGCUGAGUUGGUUCGUGUUGGAAUGAACCCAGUGUUACCAAAGAUUGAGCGAACUGGUCCCCCAGAAGUACUCCAUGUCCAUUUGGAUGGGUGCAUUCUUGGUACUAUUGCUUCUGCUACUAUUGAGAAAGCUGUUAAUUAUCUUCGUACAUUGAAACUUCUGGCACACUCUGGGAUUCCUGAAGAUCUGGAAGUUGGUUAUGUCCCACUUAGUUUUAGUGGAGCUUUUCCUGGUCUGUACCUUUUUACAAAUCCAGCUAGAUUUGUUCGACCUGUCAGAAAUCUUUCCAUUCUAUCUGAUGGAAAGCAAAGUAUUGAGCUCAUUGGACCAUUUGAACAGGCAUUUAUGGAGAUACGGUGUCCUGAUGGUGGGGAUGGUGGGAGACAAAAAAAAUUUCCUGCAACUCAUGAAGAGAUCCACCCUACAGCUAUUCUCAGUGUAGUUGCCAAUUUGACACCUUGGUCUGAUCACAACCAAAGUCCUAGGAACAUGUACCAAUGCCAGAUGGCAAAGCAAACCAUGGGUUUUUGCGGACAAGCUCUAAAAUUCCGUACUGAUGUAAAAGCAUUCCAUCUGCAGACCCCUCAGACACCAAUUGUUCGGACAGGUACAUAUAAAAAAUAUUAUAUGGAUGAAUUUCCAUCUGGAACGAAUGCUAUUGUUGCAGUGCUAUCAUACACAGGUUAUGACAUGGAGGAUGCCAUGAUUUUGAAUAAAUCGGCUGUUGAUCGUGGAAUGUUCCGUGGACAUAUUUACCAGACUGAAUGCAUUGACUUAUCAACAAAAAGCAGAGAUAAUAUUCCAGAAACCUUUGCAAAGAGUGUAUUAUCCAGGGAUACAAGGACUGCGAUUGAUUCAGAUGGCCUUCCUCGACUUGGACAGGCUGUACAUCCAAACGAGCAGUACUAUAGUGUCCAUAAUAGCCUCACAGGCGUGAUAAGGCCUGUCAGACUAAAGGGCACAGAGCCAGCAUUUAUUGACUAUGUUGCUGUUAAUGGGGCAGGUUCAAAACGUGGCCUGCAGAAGGCGAACAUUCGUCUGCGUCGUGUGAGAAACCCUAUAAUCGGUGACAAGUUCAGCAGCCGACAUGGGCAGAAGGGUGUUUGCUCUCAGUUGUGGCCUGACAUUGACAUGCCAUUCUCUGCAAAUACUGGCAUGAGACCUGAUCUGAUCAUUAAUCCUCAUGCAUUUCCUUCAAGAAUGACUAUAGCAAUGCUUUUAGAGUCUAUGGCAGCGAAGGCUGGAAGUCUACAUGGAAAGUUCAUUGAUGCAACACCUUUUGCAAACUCACUAAAAAAGGACAAGGAUCCCCGCACGCCUAAUUCGAUUGUGGACGAAUUUGGUCCCAUGCUUGCAUCUUAUGGGUUUAAUUAUCAUGGAAAAGAGGUCCUUUAUAGUGGAGUUUUUGGCACUGAGAUGGACUGUGAGAUUUUCAUCGGACCUGUUUAUUACCAGCGUCUUCGUCAUAUGGUCUCAGACAAAUUCCAGGUCCGCACUACUGGUCGUAUAGAUCAGAUAACAAGACAACCCAUAGGAGGAAGGAAGCAUGGUGGAGGGAUCCGAUUCGGAGAGAUGGAGCGUGAUGCCCUCCUCGCCCAUGGGUCUUCCUACCUCUUGCAUGACCGGCUCCACUCCUGCUCAGACUACCACAUCGCGGAUGUGUGCUCCUUCUGUGGGAGCCUGCUGACUGCAACAAUGAUCAAAUCCGAUACCCAGAAGAAAGCCAAGCACGAGAUGCUUGGGCUCCCCACUGUGAGACCGCCAAAGAAUUUUGCAUGCCAGGCCUGCAAAACAAGCAAGGGGAUGGAGACCGUGGCGAUGCCGUAUGUGUUCAGGUACCUGGCUGCUGAGCUGGCUGCCAUGAACAUAAAGCUGGAGCUCCGGUUGAGCAACAAAUCAGGAUUGCCUCCCAGCCAAGAAUCAUGA